AUGGAUUGGGCGGCUUCGAAUCUGCCUCAGACGAAACCCAACACCUCUGUCCUCUCCCAGGGUCCCACCGCCACUCUGAACCUGGACCCCAAACUGCAGCGAGAGUUGUCUCGGCUCGAUGACUCGAUCCCCUUCAACCCCAGAGCCCGUUAUCUUCAUCACACCUGGGCGCAGACGUUCUUCUCGCGCCCGGAGCUGUAUUUUCAGCCCGCGACAAUCCCCGAGCUGCAAAAAGUUGUCACCUUAGCCCGACGAUGUCGAAGACGGGUUUGCGUGACAGGGUUCGGACACUCGCCGUCCGACCUGACAUGCACCUCCUCUUGGCUGGUCAACCUCGACAAGCUCAAUCAAGUCUUGGAGAAGGACGUCGACGGGACUCCUGGCCUCUAUCGCAUUCAGGCCGGCAUAUCCCUGCAUGAUCUGAAUGUGGAGUUGGCCAAGCACGGUUAUACCCUGCCCAAUCUGGGAUCUAUCGACGUCCAGUCGGUCGCGGGGGUCAUCUCGACCGGCACACACGGCUCGAGUCUCAAGCACGGCCUGAUCUCCGAGUCGAUAACUUCGCUGACGAUCCUUCUUUCCAAUUCGCAGCUCGUCACGUGUUCGGCCGCCAAAAACCCUGAACUCUUCCGGGCCGGCCUCCUGUCGCUGGGCGCGCUGGGCAUCAUCGUCGAGAUCACGAUCCAGGCCGUUCCGGACUUCAAAAUCUCCUGGUCCCAGUCCCUCCACACCCUGAGCUCCGUUCUGGACUCGUGGAACUCUGACCUCUGGACCAAGGACGAAUUCACCCGGGUGUGGUGGCUGCCUUACCUCCAACGCGCCGUGAUCUGGCGCGGCUCGCGGACUGACGCCCCGACUCGUCCUCCAAACACCACUUUCUAUGGAGGUAUGUUCGGCUACUAUGUCUACCACAAUCUGCUCUGGUUGUCCAACACCUUCCCGCGCAUCCUGCCGUGGAUCGAAUGGUUCGUCUUCGGCAUGCAAUACGGCUUCAAGCCGGACAGCUUCGUCAUGUCCGCGGUGCAGCCCGCCCGCGAGGGCCUGCUCAUGGACUGUCUCUACUCUCAAUUCGUGAACGAGUGGGCCUUGCCGCUGGACAAGGGGCCCGAGGCGAUCACGCGGCUCGCGGCGUGGAUCAACCACGACGACGCCACCGCGCGCAUCCCGGUCUCCAGCAAGGGAGUCUGGGUGCAUUGUCCCGUCGAGGUGCGCGUCACGCACACGGGUCAGGAGACGCCCAACCGUUCCGGGGUACGCGCGUACCUCGACCCCACCGUCCCCAACGGACCGACGCUAUACCUGAAUGCCACGUUAUACCGGCCCUACGGCCGCGACCCCCCCUGCCACGCCACAUACUACGAAGCCUUUGAGUAUCUCAUGAAAGAGCUCGGCGGGAAGCCCCACUGGGCCAAGAACUUCUCCGACACGGCCGGCGAGUACAUCGACGCGGCGUACGGCAGCGACAUGCGCGCUUUCAUGCAGGUCCGCGACGACAGCGACCCCGAGGGCAUGUUCUUGGGGGAGUGGCACCAGAGGUAUCUGCCCCUGAAGACGAAGACGAGUACGACGACUACAACCCCAACUGGAUCGCAAGCUACGGGAUAUUCUGGAUUGAGGCUGAUGGAGUCAGAAGUCCGCCGGACCAAGAAGGGCCUCGGCUGGGGCUUUGGCGACGGCAUCCUGUGGGAAGGGAGACAGCGAGCCGCUACAGGUGAUGGCGAUGGCGAUGACGAUGACGAUGGCGACGCCUCCGCUUACGGCCGCGCGGGCCAAGAACUGCGCGCAGCUCAUUUGGAAGACGACAGGAAAGGCGGGGUUGGAUCUAACGGUGACGAGACGCCCAGCCCGCCAGCCACCACGACCAGCGAGGAGUCGUUCGAUUACAUGGCCAAAGGCGAGGCGAGCGUCUAUGCCGUCAAGGAAGGGGAGGGGGAAGGAGGUGACUAG